CAGAAAGCUUCCACUACCAUCACCAGCGGCGACUGUCCUCUCUACCUGUACCCGAAGAGCGCUCUCUUCACCGCCGCAACCACAGAAUCGACGACGCGCUGUGAGGACCGCCUUGACUUGUCCCCUUUAAAACGCGUUUCUCUCGACGCAUACACGCGCCCCUCCAUAAACACCAGUAGCCAAGUGUUAUGAUAAUAUCGGAAUAUUAUGGGAUUUUGGGAAGGAAAUACCAUGUACUGGACCUCUAACUAAAUUUCUCCGCCCUCCAUCUCCAUCGUGCCCAGUCUCAGUCCGCGCUGCGUCUCUGGUGCUGCUUUAUAUUCAGCAAAGGGGGCAGUGAUCUGACCGCAAAAGGGAGAAACUCAACAGUUGUUUGUGGUUAUUAUAUGCAUGUCGACGUGCAUAUUACUACCAUGUGGAAACUACUGCAAUGGUGCUGUUGCUGCUGGUGGAUUUUCUCUCUCAUUUUUCCAGCCUUCGUGCUCCUCUGGGCCGAGUGUCACCCUGCAUUGACAGAAAGCCAAGCCGAGUCAGAAGGCCCUAUCCAAGGUUUUCGAAGAGCCAGUGGGACACGAUCUCGAAGAGCUACCACCGAGGAGACUUACUGGGCAUACUCAGGUAUGUAUGGGCCAGACGAGGGCUGGGCCUCUGCCUACCCAGAAUGUAGAGAGAGAAACCAGUCACCAAUCAAUAUUGUGGAUCAGGAUACUAAAGUAUCCACGGAAUAUCAGGAGCUGACACUGGAAGGUUUUGACACGGAAUCCUCAAAUAAGACAUCUAUGAAGAACACUGGCAAAACAGUGGCCAUUAUGUUGAAAGAUGAUUACUUUGUUCGGGGAGCAGGUCUACCAGGGAGGUUUAAGGCAGAAAAAGUGGAGUUUCACUGGGGGCCAAGCAAUGGAUCUGUGGGCUCUGAACAUAGUAUCAACAGCCAGCGUUACCCUGUGGAGAUGCAGGUCUACAUGUACAACUCAGAUGACUUUGAUAGUCUCAGUACAGCACUCAGAGAGAAGAGGAUCAUUGCAGCCAUGGCUGUUUUUUUUCAGGUGGGAGGAAAGGACAAUCCUGCUGUUGACCCCAUAAUCCAUGGUCUGAAGGGUGUAGUCCAUCAUGAAAAAGAGACUUUACUGGAGCCAUUUGUGCUGAAGAACCUUCUGCCGUCCUCACUGGGAAGUUACUAUCGUUACACUGGUUCUCUGACCACUCCACCCUGCAGUAAGGUGGUAGAGUGGAUCAUCUUCAGCAGACCUGUUUACUUCUCUUACAAACAGUCGGAAGCUUUCUACUCGAUUUUCACCACGGAGCAACAAGACCAUGUUAAGUCAGUGGAAUAUCUGCGCAGCAACUUCAGGCCCAUCCAGAGCAUGGAUAACCGCCAUGUUUUCAAGUCAGCAGUUAAAGAUGCCUGGUUGCCUGACCUGGCUGACAGUGGCAGCAGUCCAUAUGGCACAGAAGCUUCCAAAGUCUGCAGCAGUGCUCCCAUAAACAUGAAGGUGCAGCAUGUGAAUAGCAGUGCUUUGGUGGUCCGUUGGGCUCAUCCAGAGGUAACCUACCACCCACCCAUCCUACACUUCCUGGUGUCUUACAGCUGGACGGCCCAUGAUGACAGCUACGAGGAGACUCACCUAACUGAUGCCAAACACAAACUGGAGGCCAUCAUUUCUCCUGGCUCCCCUGAUGUGCUCUACCUGUUUCGAGUCCAGGCGAUCUGCAUGAAUGACAUGCGUAGUGACUUCAGUCAGAGCAUGCUUUUUAGAGCAAACACUACCAGGAUUUUUGAGGGGACAAGGAUCGUAAAAACUGGAAUGCCGACAGUGUCUCCAGCCUCCUCAGCUGAUAUGGCUCCCAUCUCCUCUGGCUCAUCUACUUGGACGUCAUCUGGUAUCCCCUUCUCAUUCGUCUCUAUCGCAACAGGCACUGGUCCAUCCUCCAGCGGUAGUCAGGCAACUGUUGCAUCCGUGGUGACUAGCACUUUACUGGCUGGUCUGGGCUUUAGCGGUGGUGUCAUCUCCUCUUUCCCCAGCUACAUUUGGCCAAGCAGAGCACCCAACCAUAAUCCCACCUUCCACCAUCAGACUACCAAAGCCAUUGAGCACACCGAAGACAUGUCUCCUGUCACAACUGCUGCAGUUAAGGAUAAUAAUGAAACUGGGGGUGAGAACAGAGAAAAGUGCAAGGAUCAUGGAGAGGAAAGAGAGAGGGAAGGACAGGAUAAGGACGAUCAGGAGGAAGAAGAAAAUAAAAAGGAGAAAAAGAAAAGGAAAGGAUCAAGGGGUUUAAGCAAGGCAAGGAAGAAGUACAGCAACAUAACAAUGAAGCUGUCACACAGUAAGAUGUCGGACUCCACUGCAAGGGAGAAAGAACACACUGGAAAAGAUCCUACUAACUCACCACCUGUUAGAGAAUACCAACUAAAAGCAAAUAGUUAUAAUCCACUUCACUUUAAUCCAAAUGCUACCAGAGAAUCAGCCAAUGAAAAAACACCAAUCCCCACCCACAAGGACCUGGCAGUAACACUCGGGCCCAGCAUAGUGGGAGACAAAAAGCACUGGAAUUUCUUCUACCAUACUGGUAAGUCAACAAAGCUGGUCACAAUACUAUUAGCUAUUUGGUCAAUUUGCAGAACAGCAGAUUCUGGUUUAACCUAUUAUUUUUCAUGACAAGUAAUUUUAUGAGAUUACUUAUCAUGAAAGAUAUUCCAACUUGUGUGGUGAAAUUCCGUGCAGUUUCCAGGGCCGCAAGGAGAAUCCCAAGUAUAUUCUGGAUAAGAUUGUUAACCUCAGAAGUACAUGUCUCUGUAAAAAGUUUUUAAUUUGUCAUGAGUUCUGUAUCAAGAAUGGACUUCUGAACACACAGUGACCAAAGUUUGGAAAUUGGCUAAGCAAUGUUAUUCCUUCCAGUUUGGUAAGGCAGUAAUA